CUAUAAAUAUGAGAACGAUAUGGCUGAUGUUGGUUCUCGUCGCAGUUGUGAAUGCUCAACGUCGACUCGCACUUCCCGAUCCACGUAGCUGUGCUAAUCGAGUACGACAUGCCACCUAUAGAGACGCUAGAGGUGUUGCACAUUCGUAUUUCUUCAGUUGGGAGCAUCAACCGACUAGAAGUCUCGAAGUAGAUUGGCUGGAUUCUCGUAAUAUCUGUCGUAGACACUGUAUGGAUGCAGUCUCUCUUGAAACACCGCAAGAAAAUGAGUUUAUCAAACAGCGACUAGCACGAGGAAAUGUAAGGUUCAUUUGGACAUCUGGUCGCAAAUGUAACUUCAAUGGCUGUGACAGACCAGAUCUCCAACCACAAAACAUCAAUGGAUGGUUUUGGUCUGGUUCAGGAGCCAAGAUUGGUCCAACUACACAGCGCAACUCUGGAGAUUGGAGUAACACUGGUGGAUAUGGGCAGCCACAACCGGACAACCGCGAGGCUGCGCAGGUAAUUUACUCUUUAUUAUUUUUAUAUAUUUUUUUUCAUUCCUUUCUUUUAAUCAUGGCUUUUGAUAACUUUUUAAUGUAUGCAUUUAUGUUACAGGGUAAUGACGAGUCUUGCUUGUCGAUUCUGAAUAACUUCUACAAUGAUGGCAUCAAAUGGCAUGAUGUAGCUUGUCAUCAUCGAAAACCAUUUGUUUGUGAGGACAGUGAUGAACUUCUGAACUUCGUGCUUUCUAGAAACCCUGGCAUCCGCCUUUAAAUUCCCUUCCAUAGCUUCUAGUAAUUCUUAAAUGUUCAAUACCCAAUGAUUUAAUUGUACAAGAAGUUAGGGUAAAAGGACUUUUCUGUACUUAAUUUCUAAUUUAUGUAUCAUUAUGUAUUCAUUAUAAUUCGAAGCUAAAUUAAAUUUCUUCAUUCAUUUUUAGCAGUAUUUUAAUGAAUUUAUAUCUUUAAAAUAAAUUUUAGGCGAUGUUGGGUAUUGAACAGUCAAGGAUUACAAUAGAUUGGAUUAACUAGAAGCAGCCUAUCUAAGUUUAACUUUUGUACUCUUUUUCUAUACAA